AUGCGUGCCACUCUCCCCCUCCUUGCUUUGCUUUCCUUGGCUGUGGCCCAAGCACCCGCGCCAGUCGUCGAUGUUGGCAAUGCACAGUAUCAAGGAACCGUCAAUGCCAAAAACAACAUCUCUACUUACUUUGGCAUUCGCUACGCUGCCGCACCCGUUGGUGAUUUACGGUUCCGGGCGCCUCAGAGCCCUCCCGCUCUAGCUGGAGUGCAACAAGCAACUACUAAACCUCCACUAUGCCUUCAAGCCUCUUCGGGGAGAUCGCCUACUAAUCCUAACCCAAAGUCGUCGCUUAGCGCGAGGGCUGUACAAGCUCACGAGGACUGCCUGUUCUUGAACGUGCAUUUUCCAGGCAGUACAAUUCCGACGUGCCGGCUUCCAGUCAUUGUUUGGAUUCAUGGCGACGGAUAUGUAGCGGGGAGCGCAUCAUCAUUCAACGGAGGCGAUCUCAUCAUCAGGGCCAAGAAUAGUGUCGUGGUGGUCGUUAUCCAGUAUCGCCUUGGUAUAUUCGGCUUUUUGGCCGGCUCCAAAGUCAAGGCCAAUGGCGCGCUGAAUGCCGGUCUACUCGACCAAGAGUUCGCAUUGAAAUGGGUGCAACAACAUAUCAGCAAAUUCGGAGGCGAUCCUGAUCGUGUCACUAUAUGGGGCGAGUCCGCAGGCGCCGGUUCUGUGUUGCAGCAUGUUGUCGCUCGAAACGGGAGCACAAAUCCCCCGCUGUUCAGGGCAGCUAUCUCAAGUUCAUCUUUCUUACCUUCUCAACAUCCCUUCGAUGGAGCCGUCCCAGAGCGCAUCUUUAGCCAGGUUGUAUCGCAAGCCGGGUGCGGUGGCGCCCCAGACGCUUUGUCAUGUCUGCGUACAGCCAAUGUCUCGAAACUGCAAGCCGCCAACACGCAGGUGAACCGCGCGGGCUUCUUCGGGACGUUCGUGACCGUGCCGGUGGUCGACGGCGAUUUCAUCACCCAACGUCCGACUGUGGCACUCCGCCAGAGGCGAGUUAAUGGUGAAGCACUCCUUGCUAUGACCAACACACACGAAGGCAAUGCUUUUGUGAAUCCAAGUACAGCUGCCACAGUCAAGGCAGCCAACUAUGCUCUCCGCCUGUUCCCGGACCUUGGGACCGCGAAUGCCGCCGCUGCAGCAAGACUGUACGCCCCUUUUGGCUCACCUAUCAAUCAGGUGAAUGCAAUCAUGGGGGAAUCUAUCUUCGUAUGCCCAAGCUACUUCAUGCUGGAUGCCUUUCCCGCAGCCUCGUUUAAGGGCGAAUUCGCUGUCCCCAAUGGCAGCCAUGCAGAAGACAUCGCCUUCUACUUCCCCAGCGGCAGGACUCCAGCAUUCAAAAAUCUGCCAUUCGUCAUCUCCUUUGCGGGCGCUUUCGUGGACUUUGCGACAUCGCUAGACCCAAACGAGAAAAUUGACAACGGAAACAUCACUCCAUUGUGGUCGAAGUAUCUCGUAGAACACAGUGAAAUGCUGUUCAAUCGCACUGCAAACGGGCGCCCCGGCAUUCGUGCCAUCACGACCUCAGCGGCGCUUUUGCAGAGAUGCGCUUUCUGGGAGAGUGUUGGCCAUCUCACCGCCCAGUAG